AUGUCUCUUGUACCCGACUACAACAGCGACAGCGACAGCGACAGCGACAGCGAUACUAGUCCUGAUCUCAAAGAACCUACGGUCGUAGAGGAGCUUCCUAAGCAUGUUGUUUCCAAAGCUAAGAGCAAGAAGAAAAUCAUUACUUUAGAUUUGCCAACAGAAGAUGUACCUGAAAUACAUGUUCCCAGCACCGACAACAACGAUGAUAUUGUUGAAGCUCCGAAGAAUGGUGACCGGGUUUCCAUAGCAUCGUUCUUACCACCACCGAAAAAUCGAAAGAAACAAACGCCAAAGUCGCUACAACAGCAAGAACAGUCAAAGCCUGCUACAGCUCAGCGUGUUCUAGGGUCAACCAACAGUGUCCCCCGAAUAAACAUGUCAAGAAACAUACCACAGAAUGCUCAGCCAAAUUCAGUUACACCUUUACCGGAAAAGAAAUCUGAGGAGCCUGUCAUUCCUUCAUUGUUUUCUUUUGAUACCCAUAAACCCGUGAUAUCAAGCACAGAAGCUGUGCGGCCCGUGCGGUCAUCCUCUCAAUUUGCUGCAAAGCAGUUUGGACCCAGUAGACCAGGAAAUUUUGUCCCUGAAAUAGUAGAAGAUCCUGUACAAGCUAUUCCUGAAGUUCCUGUUGAAACCAACAUAAUAAAUACCAGUGGGAAAAGAACACGGAAGCGAGGGCGUGACGAGAUCCCUGAUGCAAGUGGAUUGGUGGAAUUUAAUGUUGAUGAGUUUUAUGCUGAAAACAUGGCCCAUGGAAACAUGUCCGAAGAUAUUAAGCGACCAGUCAAGGCAGUCGGAUCAAGUAGGCAGCAGCACCAGUUGAGCAGUCUUAUUCGGUCGGCGCAGCAGAACCAAGCAGGGCUUCAGGAGAUGUAUGCGCAGCAAAAGCGGACCAAAAAGGAGGUUGGUUCUAAAUACGGGUUUUAG